GACAGGAGAGAGAAAGCAGAGCGAGAGUGAGGGAGGGAGCGCAAGAACAGCAGUAUAAAUGAGCCAAGUCUCCAACCCCAUAUUCUCGCCAUUCACAUCUCUGGGACGCAAAUCCAUUGGCUCUCUGAGUUUCGCCUUCUCCCUCCGUUCCCCCGCCACCCCAUCUCCGAUUUCCGUUCGUUUCCCCGUCUCUCCUUCUUCCCCACCACCGUUCACUCGCCUUCGCUUCACUUCCCUCAGAACAAUGGCGUCCCACAUUGUUGGUUAUCCUCGCAUGGGGCCCAAGAGAGAGCUCAAGUUUGCUUUGGAAUCUUUCUGGGAUGGCAAGAGCAGUGCUGAAGACCUGCAGAAGGUUUCAAAGGAUCUCAGGUCAUCAAUCUGGAAGCAGAUGGCUGAAGCAGGCAUCAAGUAUAUUCCCAGCAAUACAUUUUCAUACUAUGAUCAUGUGUUGGACACCACAGCAAUGGUUGGGGCAGUUCCUCCUAGAUACGGCUGGAAAGGUGGUGAGAUUGGAUUUGAUGUAUACUUCUCCAUGGCCAGGGGUAACGCCUCUGUUCCUGCUAUGGAAAUGACCAAGUGGUUUGACACCAACUACCACUACAUUGUGCCUGAGUUGGGACCAGAUGUUAAAUUUUCAUAUGCAUCGCACAAAGCCAUUGACGAGUACAAAGAGGCUAAAGCUCUUGGAGUCGACACAGUGCCAAUUCUUUUAGGACCUGUUUCUUACUUGCUGCUUUCGAAACCUGCAAAGGGUGUUGAUAAGAGCUUUUCUCUUCUUUCCCUGCUAGACAAAGUCAUUCCAGUUUACAAGCAAGUUGUAUCCGACCUAAAGUCAGCUGGUGCUACCUGGAUUCAGUUUGAUGAGCCCAAGCUUGUGAUGGAUCUUGAAGCACACGAACUGAAAGCAUUUACUCUUGCUUACUCAGAACUCGAAACAUCCCUUUUUGGUUUGAACGUUCUGAUCGAGACAUAUUUUGCUGAUGUUCCAGCAGAGGCCUAUAGUGUUCUCACAUCUUUGAAGGGUAUUACUGGGUUUGGGUUUGACCUUGUGCGUGGAGCCAAGACCAUUGAUCUGAUUAAAGGUGGAUUCCCUUCUGGAAAAUACCUAUUUGCUGGUGUUGUGGAUGGAAGGAACAUCUGGGCUAAUGAUCUUGCUGCUUCUCUUGACGUUCUUCAUUCUCUUGAGGGCAUUGUUGGUAAAGACAAGCUUGUUGUUUCCACAUCCUGUUCUCUUCUACACACUGCCGUUGAUCUAGUCAAUGAGACCAAGUUAGAUAUAGAGAUCAAGUCAUGGUUAGCAUUUGCAGCUCAAAAAGUACUUGAAGUAAAUGCCUUGGCCAAGGAACUUAGUGGUCACAAAGAUCAGCCAUUCUUCUCGGCUAAUGCUUCUGCUCUUGCUUCGAGAAAAUCCUCUCCAAGGGUGACAAAUCAGUUUGUGCAGAUUGCUGCUGCUGCAUUAAAGGGCUCUGACCGCCGCCGACCCACUGCUGUGAGUGCUAGACUGGCUGCUCAGCAAAAGAAAUUAAACCUUCCGAGUCUUCCCACAACUACCAUUGGUUCUUUCCCACAGACCAUGGAUCUUAGGAGGGUCCGCCGUGAAUACAAAGCUAAGAAGAUUUCUGAGGAUGAUUAUGUUAAGGCCAUCAAAGAGGAAAUUAACAAAGUUGUUAAGAUCCAAGAAGAACUCGACAUAGAUGUUCUGGUGCACGGUGAACCAGAAAGGAAUGACAUGGUUGAGUACUUUGGUGAGCAAUUGUCUGGCUUUGCCUUUACAGCUAAUGGCUGGGUUCAGUCUUAUGGUUCUCGUUGUGUUAAGCCUCCAAUAAUUUAUGGUGAUGUGAGCCGCCCUAAGGCCAUGACAGUCUUCUGGUCAAGUACUGCCCAAAGUAUGACCAAACGACCCAUGAAAGGAAUGCUUACUGGACCGGUCACCAUUUUGAACUGGUCCUUUGUUAGAAAUGACCAGCCCAGGCAUGAGACAUGCUACCAAAUUGCACUUGCCAUCAAGGAUGAGGUUGAGGAUCUUGAGAAGGCUGGAAUAAAUGUCAUCCAGAUUGAUGAGGCUGCUUUGAGGGAGGGGUUGCCUCUAAGGAAGUUGGAGCAUGCUUUCUAUUUGGAUUGGGCUGUCCACUCAUUCAGGAUUACCAACUGUGGCGUCCAAGAUACUACCCAGAUCCAUACCCACAUGUGCUACUCAAACUUUAAUGACAUCAUUCUUUCAAUCAUCAACAUGGAUGCGGAUGUAAUUACAAUCGAGAACUCCAGAUCUGAUGAGAAGCUUCUCUCGGUCUUCCGUGAAGGAGUCAAGUAUGGUGCAGGCAUUGGCCCUGGUGUAUAUGAUAUUCACUCGCCUAGGAUCCCGUCCACUGAAGAAAUUGCAGACCGUGUUAGGAAGAUGCUUGCUGUCCUCGAGAGCCACGUCCUCUGGGUCAACCCUGAUUGUGGUCUCAAGACCCGCAAGUACGAUGAAGUCAAACCUGCCCUCAGCAAUAUGGUUGCUGCUGCUAAGCUCCUGAGAGCUGAGCUUUCAAAGGCCAAGUGAGAAAGUUUGGUCUCAAGUGGUGGAAGAGUGUUGCUGAAGCUCUCCAAUAUGUUUGUGAAGCUAAAGAAAAUUUAUGUAUUAAAGCUGGAAUAAUGAGCUUGUUUUUCUCUCUCUUGACGAGAAAUGCAUUUCUUCUCCUCUUUUCUCUUUCUCUUCUCACUUCUAGGGUUGUGCGGUUAUGUAAUGUCAUUCAAGGAUUUUGUCCCUGAAAAAUGAAAAAUGUGAUUUUCAUUCUAUCCCCUGUUUUAUCAGGGUGUGUUGUUCCUUGAAUUAAUUGUUGGCUUGAUUUCUCUGAUGCCGUUGUCUUUCUCAUAAGCAGAUCUUGUUCAGGGAAAGAGAUUUUCCAGACCCUGAAUACAUAAAUGACUCCAUGAGAUGCAGAACUGUAAGAAUGUAUCUUUUAAUGAAUUAUAUCGGUUCAUCUGUUCUUUUGUCUUCAUUUUGGAUGGCAAAUUAUUGUAUCAUAAGUCUAUUUUGUUCUUCUUUCGGUGGCAUCCAAGUUGUAAGGGAAUACAGGAUCAUGCAUCAUCUGAGGCAGCUCUGGCACUGGGACUUCAAACUUGAGAUACUGGAUUACUUGAGCAGCUGAGGGCCUUUCGCUGUCAGUAGGCAUCCAGAAUAUUCCCAGUUUUGUGAUGUGCCCAUACCUCUUUCACCAAGAGCAAAGGAUCACCUUCUCUGUAAUUCCUCUGCCCACAAGCAAGUUCCAGGCCCACAACCCCAAAGCUGAACACAUCAGCAGUUUUGCUUGCCUUGCCAUCUGCCAGGUAUUCAGGGGCCACAUAGCCAUGAGUCCCCACAGGAUUCGUCCUCUCUAUUGGAAACUGAGUGUCUAUGUGUUUGGCGAUCCCAAAGUCACCUAGCUUUGCUGUGAAAUCCAUGUCAAGUAGUAUGUUCUCUGGCUUAAUAUCUCUAUGAAGGACACAUUUCUCAACCUCUUCAUGUAGAUAGUGGAGGGCUGAGGCCAAGCCAAGGGCUAUGCUGUAUCUCAAGUUCCAUUGCAGGGUUCUGCCAUUACCGAAGAGAUGAGAAUCAAGGCUGCCAUUAGUCAUAUAUUCAUAGACAAAUCCCCGGAGUUUCCUGAUUGUGCAUGGAUUCUCUUCACUGCAAUUUGGAGGUCUAAAUCGCUCAAGUGUCCUCUGUAAACGAGUCCUGAACCUCCCUCACCUAGCCUUCUUUCAUCUGCAAAUCCAUUUGUAGCUGCAGAAAGCUCUGCAUAAGAAAAUUUCUUUGGUAAAGCUCUUCUCUCCAAAUCGGUAUUCAAAGAAACGGCUGACUUUCCGUUGGUUUUCUUCCUGGAUUUCCACUUCAUCAGUAGAAACAAAAACAACCCACCGCCAAACAAAAGAGAACAGAGAGAAACCACUGUAGGCACUAAGAAAUGCGACUUUUUGGACCGGUGAUGAUCAUUCUGGGGUGGAACUAGCGUCGCUUUUGGUGUGGGUGCCGGUGCUGGUUCUGGUGGUGUUACUACUCGUGGUUCUAAGGUGGAGUUGAAUGUCCAAAAAUUGACGAAGUGUUUCUCUGUACCUUCUCCCGUUGACCCUGAGAAUCCCACUGUAACCCACUCAGGAAGAACCUCCGUCAGAUCAAUAUGAUGAGUAAGUGAAGAUUCUGGCCUGAAAACUGGUUUUUUCUCAUAUGCCCAGAACACUGUCAGGUUCUUGAUUGUAGCAUUGUAAGUAAUCAAGAUCUGAAUUCCGCCUUCAGUUUCGUUGUCUCUAUCCCAUUUGGUUGUAGCUGCUGAUCUGAUGGAGUUGUUAUUGAUCCCAAUGUGCUCAGUUUCCGGAUCCCAAGUGUUCACAUGUGUAUCAAACUCCACCAUAACCACAGGACUGGGAGUGUAAGGAUUGAAAUUUGAUGAGUUCAUCAAUGCCAGGUAUUUACACGAGUUUGGCGGGAUCGGGUACCCCACUGGAGCAAGGAAAAAGGCUAUCCCUUCAGCGUAGUCGUUGCCUUCGAGACCGACAGUGGUGAUCGAGAACCGGGUUGUGAAAUCUGUAAUUGUCUUGGUGGAGUUGUCCCAUAAAUAGAGGGGGUCAAUAUAAGUGGCCCGGGCAACACUGCAAGGCUCAUCUAGCUCGUUGAGUUGAAAAGCUACAGACAAGGACUGAGCAUCACCUUGAUAGGCUAACAGGUCUCCAUCAGGGCCAAAAUCUGUGAGGUUGAAGAAUAAUGGGUUGGCGAGGUGAAGAAGAAAGUUGAGAACAAUAACGAUAUGAAUGAGGCAGUUGCUCUUCAUCUGGUGAAGCUGAGCUGAAUUGACAAAUGUAGAAGGUUUUGAUAUGGUUCAUAAUGAGAUGGAGACUUCAUGAUCUGAUGUAUUGGUGAGUCAGAGAAGAAAUUGGAAAACAACAGUGAUGCGGAUGAUAUGAUGAUUCUUCAUCAUUCUGAAACUUAACUGAAUUGACAGAAGGGAGAGGUUUUGAUUUGGUUGGAUUACCUGAUUCUCCCAAAGAGAUGAGAUUUAUUAAUCUCAAUCUCAAGCACACCUAGAUACAUGGGUGAGUUCAAUGCAGUUUUAACACCUUGGAGACUCAGCCCCGUGCUUGGCUCUCUUUCUUAGAGAUUGCAUGGAGGAAACGAAAACAGAAUUGCAGCACAGCUUGGAUUGCAUGCAGAAAUUUAAUCUGCAGGAAUUGUGCCAGAAGAAGAGAUGGGCUUUGCCAAGGUACUCUGCAAUGAAAGAUGGCCCAGAUCACAGUCCUCGCUUCAAGGCCUCUGUUUCCAUCGAUGGCCUCUCCUUCCACUCUCCUCCUUCAUGCAACUCCUUCAAACAAGCUCAGAAUGAAGCUGCCCAAGCUGCCUUCCGCCACUUCACUUCACCACCUCCGAGUUCUGAAGUACCAAGAGAUAGGCAUCACGAUCAGAAUGCUUUCAAUUCUGGAAAUGGCACUCUUGAGGUCCUUCAGGAUGGUGAAUCUGUAGCUGGGUUUUACAAGAAUCUGUUGAAGGAGCUAGCUCAGAGAGAAAGGCUCCCCCUGCCAGUUUACAACACUAUGAAGACUGGUUCCCCACAUCUUCCCACCUUCUUUUCCUCCUUGGAAGUGGGUGCAGAGAAAUUCCAAGGUGAAGCAGGGAAGUCCAAGAAGGAAGCCGAGAUGAAUGCUGCUAAGAUUGCCUACACCACUUUGAAACUCGCUUCCAACAAAUCUCUUGCACCCGAUUCUGUUGAAACUGAAGGUUGGAAAGAAGAGGUUAAAGAAGUAAUAAACUUGACAUCAGCUGAAGCAUCAAGGAGUUCUGAAGGAGUAGUCACAAAGAAGCAAGAGCUCUCCAAUUACUCCCACUCCCAGCUUGUGAACUCAGCAGUGCAAAUCCCUUUCCCUUCUUCCAUUGCCAGCCAACCGAAGAAAGCAAGGAGUGAGUUGAUCCUCAACAAGGUCAGGGUCUAUUCCUCAUACCCAGAUAUUGAAUUCCCUCGAGGAGUUACAGUCAUGCCAUUUGGUGACGACCGAUGGGUUGCUAUCAGCUUGGAGCUCCCUGAUCAACUAGCAUAGUGUUAGUUAUUUGAUAAUUACCUUUCAUGUCUUUUGACCACCAUCUCCAUCUCUCUAGCAUUGAAGUUAAGAGUAUCUAUCAUUCUACUUCUAUGCCCGUUGAAUUAUAUCACCUAGUAGCUGUUAGUCUGCGGUUUCGCUGCCAAGUAUAAAUGCUCUGUAUUAGACCAUAUCUGAAGAUGAAAGAGGGGGUUCUUAAGCUAGUCAUUUUGAGUUCAUCAGGAUCUGGGCACAAAUGGCUGGUGCAACAACAAACUCAAAGUUAUGCCAAUACAUUGUAGUUUAGUUUGAAUAUGUUGAAGUCAACUGGAUUCCAGUUUAUCCAUUUCGUCCCC